CUAACUGGGCCUCGGUCUGUCCUGGUGUCAUGCAACCGACUAAUAAAUAUGUGAUGGCGGCAGCGGACCUGAGAAUUCCCGGGGAGGGAAUUCUUAUAGGGGAUAAAAUAUACUCUGGAGUAAGCCUAACUUUAGAUAACUGUCUGCUGCCAUCGGAGCGACUACUACAAAGUCCGUCUGCAGGACAUGGACUUUCCGCGGAUUCAGAAGAGCAGCUGCGAAUGCGGAGCUGUGAGAUGAUCCAGGCCGCGGGUAUUUUGCUCAGACUCCCACAGGUAGCCAUGGCCACUGGGCAAAUCCUUUUUCAGAGGUUCUACUACUGCAAGUCGUUUGUCAGACACUGUGCAGAGAUAGUUGCCAUGGCAUGUGUGCACCUGGCCUCGAAAAUUGAAGAGGAACCACGGAGGGUACGAGACGUUCUCAACGUGUUCUACCACCUCAAGCACAGCAAAGGCAAGAGGACCCAGGUCCCGAUGCCUCUGGAUGCCAACUACAUCAGUGCCAAGGCUCAGGUGAUCAAGGCAGAGAGGAGAGUGCUGAAGGAACUGGGCUUCUGUGUGCACGUCAAACACCCCCACAAGAUCAUUGUGAUGUACCUCCAGGUGCUUGAGUGUGAGAGAGAUACUAAGCUGGUGCAGACUGCUUGGAACUACAUGAAUGACAGUCUGAGGACCGAUGUGUUCCUGAGGUUCAGUGCUGAAACUGUAGCCUGUGCUUGUAUCUACCUGUCAGCCAGAACACUUCAGAUCCCCCUGCCAGACCAGCCCCCCUGGUUUCUACUGUUUGGUGCGUCAGAGGAGGACCUGAAAGAGAUCUGUCGGCGGAUCCUGAGACUGUACUCAUUGCCCAAUGUCUCCCUUGCCUGUCUGCUGAAAGAAGUGGACAAGUGUCGCCUGGACCUGGACGCCUGCAAGGCCAAACUGGGAGGAAGGGGGCUGCUGGCCAUAUCUACCCCCACCCUGGAUGUUCCCUCCAGGUUCUCCCCUGCCUCUAAACCAGGGUCACCUGCUGUAUCACAGCCCAGGAGGGAGUCUCCCCUCAAUCAUGUCGCACUAAAGAAUGCCUGCCGGAAACUUGUGAAUGGAAAUGAGAAGAAAAGAGGGAGUCGUAGUGAUGAGAGGAGAGAGACUCAGUCCAUGUCUCCAGCCAGAAGAAGACGCAGUCGCAGUGUUUCUUCUCCUUCACGCUCAGUCUCUCCUGUCAACCGCCAGAAAAUGAAUCGCAGGGACCGAGAGAGAGAGAGGGAGAAUGAGCGGGAGCAUCGCCGAGAAUGUGACCGGGAGCGAGACCGGGAAAGAGGAAGGAGACUUGAAUAUUCGCAUAGAAGAUAGCUGUUGUCAGGGAACAGCGUUGACAUUUAAGGACCUAUGGAAAAGCACAUCUAAGACCAAAUGCAAACAAGAACUGUACAUGUUUUUUUAUUUUUCCCAGUGUUUUCACUUUUGUAUAUUGCAUUAUGACAUUUUGGUAAACUAUGCUCGAAAAUCAUAGUCCAAACCCUUUUUCUGAACUUUAUUAUUUUUUUUAAAUAAAAAUGCUUGUUUUAUUAAUGGCA